UGAUUCCGCGGUGCUGAGCGCGGCCCCGCUGCGGGAGCGGGACCCCCGGUCAGUCCGUGCGGCUCCGGCUAUUUCUAAGGAAAGAGCAUUAUAAUUAAUGAUAACCCCCAAAGCAUCGCUGGCGGAGGAGCCUCCAACCACCGGCGCUUUGGCUACUCCGUGCAUUUUCCACCCGUCGUCUCUUUCGGGUUUAUUAUUGUGAUUUUUUUGUGUGCGAAAGGAAGUUCUGAACAACUGCAAGUCAGGAAGUGGAAAUCCACACCGGUUGUGACAAGCCGGGGCUAAAAACUAUUUCAUUAUUUAUAUAGAUGUGUCUAUCAACAUUCUGCUUUUCAUCCAAAGAAUAAAGGGAAAUACCGGCUAGUUCUAUGUUUGACGGUGAAUGACAGACCGCAUCUGAGGAAAGGAAGGACUAAAUAUAUCAGCUAAGAACACCCCUGUUAUUUAUUGAACUCAAGAGCCCUUCUUUUUUUUAACCCAAAGACUGUUUGAGUGAUAUAUUUAAUGGGUCAUUAAAAGGGGAAAACAGUUUUAAAGGCCCUUUGUGCUUCUAAAGUGCAGCUAGCCUCAAAAAUAGCAGUACUUGUAAGACAGAUACUCAAAUUAAGGCUUUACGUGAUGAAUUUUCUAUCCUAUGGAUAUCAGUUUUGAGAUUACAAACCAAGAAGGUCUGUAAUUGAUCUAGCACCAGAUCAUUUCAAUGCCUAAUAUUCCCCAGGAUUGCUGGAGUACCCUAGGAGCUGCGUCGGACUGUACUCGGGGUAUGCCAUGGGCUGUAUUCAGAGUAUUAGCUGCAAAUCCAAAGUUUUCCGGGAAAGUAUUUCCGUGAUUGAAGUCAAAGCCUCCAUCGAUCCCAUUCCCACCAGCAUCGACGAGUCCUCCAGCGUGGUCCUGCGCUACCGGACCCCUCACUUCCGAGCCUCUGCACAAGUGUUGGUGCCCCCUAUUCCCAAGAAGGAGACCUGGAUCGUGGGCUGGAUCCAGGCUUGCAGCCACAUGGAAUUUUACAAUCACUACGGGGAGCAGGGAAUGUCAAGUUGGGAGCUCCCGGAUCUACUGGACGGUAAAAUCCAGGCCAUCAGCGACUCAGACGGAGUGAACUAUCCCUGGUACGGGAACACGACCGAAACCUGCACCAUCGUGGGUCCCACCAAGAAGGAGUCCAAGUUCAACAUCAGCAUGAACGACAACUUCUACCCGAGCGUGACGUGGGCAGUGCCCGUCAGCGAGAGCAACGUGGCCAAACUCACAAGCAUUCACCGGGAUCAAAGCUUCACCACGUGGCUGGUGGCAACCAACACGGCCACCAACGAGAUGGUGACCUUGCAGACUAUCAAAUGGCGCAUGAGGCUGGGCAUCGAGGUGAACCCCAGCAGACCCUUGGGGCAGCGUGCCAAGCUGCAGGAGCCCUCUGCUCAAGAGCAGCCCCAGGUCCUUAGCAAGAAUGAGCCAAUACCACCCAGUGCCCUUGUCAAACCCAAUGCCAAUGAUGCUCAGGUACUCAUGUGGAGGCCAAAGGAUGGGCAGCCGCUCGUGGUGAUACCUCCCAAACACCGGUAAUACAAACCUGGCGUCCCGGCACCAAAAGGGAGAAAAAGAGAAACGAACCGACGAACCCGAAGAGCAAAACAAUCACUUAGGUAUUAGAAUACACACAUAGAAUCUGAGCAAAAUCAAGAAUGCACUUUUUCUUCAUUCAACAAAUGCAACCAUUCUACCUUCUCCCAUUGGGACGGAUUUCACUGUGCUAAAGCUAAAGAGGAGACCUUUGACCGGGGUCUGUCUCAUCACUGGAUUCCUAAGGGAAGAAACUAACACUGAUGUCUACCCCUAGAGCUGUCUUUUUUUCUUCCCUACUUUAGUUACUGUUUGAACUUCAGUCUCAUUAGCUUGUCCAGACUGCCCCGAACAAUAAGGACAUUUU